AUGAUUUUUUUUCUUUUAUUAUGUUCUAUCAACGAGUGUAUAUGUCAACACAAGUUCUCACACAACUUCUAUGUUUUGAGUAUGAGUUUACUUAAUCCGUUCUCUCUUUUUAUGUAAGACCACUAAGGACACGGUUUUUAUUCUAGUUCACCCCUCACUAGGCUGUCUACUCUCAAAGGAUCCUUACUACCAAAGUUUACUAUUUCCUUUUGGAAAUAUAUGUUGAUUUCACAAGAUUAGUGACUCAGUCACACUACUCUAACCUUUAUAAAUAUUAUACCCUCCACGGGGUAUAAUACAAGUAUCAACAUCACGUGCCUUAAUCAAGCGCACCAGUCUCCUCAAAUACCACACCCUUCACAAACGCUAGGAGGAUAUUAACACCAUAUGCUUUAGUCCAAAUAUUUCUCCACUUACCACUUAAGUACCUUAGGGCUUAAUAGAGAGAAUCAACAUCUUAAGAAAGAGUUGACUUAAAUAACGAAUGUAGAAUGCGAUAUCUGAUGCAGCUUUCAACUCUUCAUUGAAAUAUGCAGCAACUUGACUUUUACAAAUAGAAUAUGAUCUUCCUUCAAAUGUGAAUGAAUGUAUCAGAGAUAAUUCUCCGCUCAAAAUAAAUAAGUCUUCUUCUUCACAAGCUAUUUCCUUAUAUUCUCUAAUGCGUUGAUCACGUUCUUCCUGGUAAGAACGUCAUCAACGCAUCAGCGCCAGCCCGUAGUCGGAAGGUCGAUCGAUUUCUAGUCGCACGAUCCAUUUCUUUUUCUCUCUCUUCUCAGAUGAUGCAUGUCGUCGACAAGCUGGGGUUAUGGCACAGGCUGCCGGUGUUCCUCGGACUCACCUACCUCACCUUCCGCCGGAUCAUCUACAACAGGCAGAACCUCCUCGCCGUCGGCAAGAUCGACUCCGUCGACCCCAACCCCGACGCCCACCCCUUCCGCUCCGACGACGGCACCUUCACUGACCUCUCCAAGCCCGCAGCCGGCAGCAAGAUGACCUUCAUCGGGAGGAAUAUUCUCCCUGUUGACCAGCAGGGAAAGGUAGCUAGCGGCUCCCACGUUGAUCUCCCACUCUGUUUGUAUCCGCUGUUGACACGCCUUUGGGCCAGCUUACGGAUCCAGAUCCGUUUGUGGUGGCGACGAAGUUGCUGGAGAGGAAGAGCUUCAUCGGGACGGGGAAGCAGUUCAACGUGAUCGCCGCCUCCUGGAUCCAGUUCAUGGUUCACGAUUGGAUAGACCACCUAGAGGCCACCGGCCAGGUGCCCUCUCUCUCUCUAGAUCUAUAAAAAAUAAAUAAUCCAGUAUACAUCACAUCUCUAAAGGAAAAAUCUGACGAACGGAAUUGCUCCCGAAGAAAAAUAAUUGGGAAGAGCCUUGGCGCGAUGCAGUGGACGGAAUUGCACGCAGAGCGAGUCAUGCGUUAGAAUUCUUCCGCAUAAGUUACAAACCCCGGGGCCGAGUAGGGCAAUACGACCAAAACCGGCGUCAUUGCACAUUGGUCCCUCUGCAUGCAUUCAGACUUUUGUUGUGCGAACCAAAUAAAUCUGUUGUCUUUCCCAGCCAAGAAGAAGGCUACAAAUGUCUACGUAUGUAUAUGUAUUCGUGUAUGUAUGUGUAUGAGUCUGACUUACCGUGGCCGUGUAGAUCGAGCUGACGGCGCCGAAAGAAGUCGCUGGUGGCUGCCCACUGAAGGCCUUCCGGUUCUACGCCACAAAGAGCAUCCCUGUGGGCGCCUCAAGGGCUAUCCCAGUCGGCCACAAGAACAUCCGAACCUCCUGGUGGUAAGAAGAUCUCAGAUACGAUUGUUCUCCAUAUUAAGAAAGACGGAAAGGGAGAAAUGAACAGGGGCUAAUCUGCAAUGAAGGGACGGGAGCGUGCUCUACGGGAGCGACAAGGUGGUUGGGGCCCGGGUAAGGACGCUCGUGGACGGCAAGCUGAGUAUCGGGGAGGAUGGUCUUCUCCUCCACGAUGAGCAGGGCCGCGCCGUCAGUGGCGACGUAAAGAAUAGCUGGGCCGGCGUCUCGAUCCUGCAGGCGCUCUUCGUCAAGGAGCACAACGCCGUCUGCGACGCCCUCAAGGUGCAACCCCUUCUUUUCCCUCUUCUCCUUCUUCUUCUUCUUCUUCUUCUUCUUCUUCUUCUUACUCCUCCUCCUCCUCCUCCUCAUCAUCAUCAUCCUCAUCCUCUUGCUAAUUGUCACGCUAACGAGCUGGGUCUAUCCUCGUGCAGAAGGAACACCCAGAGUUCAACGACGAGACGUUGUUCCAGUAUGCGAGGCUGGUGACGUCGGCGGUGAUCGCCAAGAUCCACACCAUCGACUGGACUGUGGAGCUCCUCAAGACCGACACCUUGAAUGCCGGCAUGCAUGCCAACUGGUGAGGGCGGCUUCUUCUCCCUCCUUCCCCAUCGUAUUCAUGUUCACGUCCAGCUUCAUACGUUUAUGUAUAUCCUACAUCCAUAUGAUAGAUGCUCCUCGUAUGAUUCUAAGAACUUGUGGGCGUCUCUCGCGUAGGUAUGGUCUCCUGGGGAAGAGGUUCAAGAGCAUCUUCGGCCACGUUGGAGGAGCCACGCUGGGGCCUGCUUUGGGUGGCCUCGUGGGGCUCAAGGAGCCCAACGAUCACGGUGUCCCCUACUCCCUUACCGAAGAGUUCACGUGCGUGUACAGGAUGCAUCCUCUCCUCCCGGACACCCUCCAAAUCAGGAAUAUCAAUGCCCCCCCGGGCCCCAACAAGGCCCCCUCUCUACUCAAAGAGUAACUCUCUCUCUCCCUCUCCCUCUCUCUCCUUCCUAAUGAAAAGUAAGAGCUUUUGGAUGCGCCCGAAUUGUCCAAUGGCUGCUUGACUUUGUGAGUAAUUUCUCUUUGCAAUGAGCAGUAUCAAAAUGGAGGAACUGAUUGGAAUAAAAGGAGAGAAAACUCUAAGCCAGGUGGGAUUCGAGAGACAGCUAGUGUCCAUGGGGCAUCAAGCUUGCGGCGGGCUUGAGCUCUGGAACUACCCCACAUUCCUCAGGGACCUCAUCGUGCAGAACACUGACGGAAGUGAGAGGCCAGAUAACGUGGAUCUUCCGACUCUCGAAGGUAAUGCUCGAUAUAAUCUAUCGUAGGACAAUUCUUUUGUUUCUGGAUUAUUCAUUUUUUUUGUCUAGGGAUUAGGUUUCUGAAGGGUUUGCUGUUAUUGACUGUGCAGUGUACCGUGAUCGAGAGAGAGGGGUCGCCAGAUACAACCAGUUCCGGAGGAGUAUGCUGAUGAUCCCCAUUUCUAGCUGGGAAGACUUGACCGAUAAUGCCGAGGCCAUAAAGACCCUGAAAGAGGUCUACGGGGACGAUGUGGAGAAGCUCGAUCUCAUCGUGGGUCUCAUGGCGGAGAAGAAGAUCAAGGGAUUCGCGAUAAGCGAGACGGCCUUCUUCAUAUUUCUCAUCAUGGCCUCCAGGUACUAGUACUAACCUAAUCUCCCAUAGAUUCAUCGAGUUGGUUUGUUAAUAUUACAAUUCAGGAUCUUAUGUUAUGCUCGAACACAGUCUGAAGAUGGGUUAAGCCUCUCUCUCUCUCUCUCUCUCUCUGAACCAACCCAUUUUCUGGGCCUUUUACGAGACACCUGCCAGCGAGAAAUGGGGAUCAUUAGAAGCCCACUGAUGUGAAAUAUGGUAUUUGCUCUUGUAGGCGGUUGCAAGCUGAUAGAUUCUUCACAAGUCACUUCAACGAGCAGGCAUACACCAAGAAGGGGUUUGAAUGGGUCAACAAGACAGAAAGCCUGAAGGACGUCAUCAACCGCCACUACCCAGAGAUCAAUAAAAAGUGGAUGAACUCCACUAGUGGCUUCUCUGUGUGGGACGCUUCCCCGGAGAAGGCUAACUGGGUACCACUCUACCUGAGGAUCCCCAGGUGA